GAAACAUGUCAACCAUGUGAAAAUAUUGAUUUGAUCAGAUACGACGAUAUCGUCUUAUACCUUUCUGUAACAACUAUCGAAACACCUGUGACUUGAUUUCUGUUGCGUACUGGAUUAUGACCUUGUUUAGAUAAACGCCUAGACAUUUGUCACAUCAAUACACAGUUAUUGCUGUGAUGUCGCUGUUGAUAAUGAUUUGCAAAUUAUCUUAAAAUCAAUUUAUGGGAAGACUUUCUGAUUAUAGUGCUUUAGUUUUAUUCUUUCUGGAAGUCACAAAAAGAAGACAAUAUGAAAUAUGUGCUUUCCGAGAUAUUUUCUUUGGAUUAUUUUUUUCUCAAGCCUCGCAGGAGAAAAAAACAACAUGGUAACAUGCAGUUCUAAGAAUCGACUAUCGUGCUCAUUACAUACGUAUGAACCAGAGUGUGAUCCACAGUACAUGUCUGCAGAAUAUCCAUUAUUAUUUGGAGGUGCAAAUUCAGAAGCACCAGCUGAUUUUCCUUUGAACUUUAGGUCAAAGGUUAUUUCCAAAGAUGGGACAGUCGGUAUCAUGCUCAUUUGGCAGCAGUAUUUUAGAAGUUAUAACCCAGUAAUUCAGGGAUUUCAAAUUGUCAUGGAAGGAAAAGAUGGUGUCGAUUUUGGAAGUGGUAGAUGCUUGAUAUUACAGCUUCAAAACAAAACAAAUAUAGUUCUGGAUUCAUUUGAAACAUUUUACCUCAUGAUAGAUGGUGUUCAGCCGAUGUCUACUUAUGGCUUCCUUCUAUACAACUUACCUCGCUACAAUCCGUUUCAACAACAGACACACAGAUUGGAAACAGAUGUGGACACGACUAAAUUUACUGAUCAUUUUCGGCUGUUUUCUGGAAACUGGGACCAGUACAUUGAAUGUUUAUUUAUAAAAGAGACAAAUUCAAUACAGAUUUUCAUUGAAAUACCUCCUAAUGAUUUUAAAAUGACAUUAUUCGAUAUAAGCAUAUUUGAUGAUUUUCAAUUAGAUAUAGCCAACAUUAACAUUAAUUCAAGCAUGUACAGUAUUCAUCGUGAUCAACUUCAUCUUUUCACCAAUGGUUACAUUUCUACGAAUUACAGUAUUACGAAAUCAGUAGAAUUUAUUGAAGUAUGGGUAACGCCAGUAGACAUUUAUGGUUAUUCUCCGUCCAAAUGUUUAUGUCAUCUGAGAGACCGACAUUGUGUGCCGUGUAGAACAGCAACGACGAAAUGCUCUGUCGGUAAAGAGAUCAUUGAAGCUUUACAUCACAAUGAUUCGACAAAAGAUUGGAAUUCAUUGAAAAAUGGAAAGACAGAUCUAAUCGCAUGGUUAUGUGUUGGGGGUUUAUUAACGCUUGCAUCUAUUUGUGCCUUCGUAGUAUUCAGAAAGCAAUAUGGCUCAUGUUCAGAUGUAUCAAAAUGUAUAUCUUCGGAAACAAGUCAUCCUCAGACAAAUUUAAACAAUGAACAUGUUAGUAUUGCUGAAGUAUCUGAAUCUGAUCAUGUUAUACCAAAUGAGACUGACAAUAAUGGAACCAGCAGAGAGAGUAAUGAAGAGGCUUUUCCUUUAGUUGACUCAUAUAGUCUACCACGAAGUCAUUCGGACAUGAAAGAAAUGAUGGAAACUUACUUUAGUUUUAUUCCACCGGAAACUAGCUCGGAGAUGUCAAAGGCAAUUAGUGAACAAAUGGUCGAUAUUAAUCGUGAAUUUCUUCCAGAGAAUACUUGCGAGUCAAAUGAAAAUAACGAAGAUCCGGAUUUCACUCAUGAAGCGAAAAGUCUUAGCGAUGAGAGCAUUUAAAUCACACUAAAUCCGCACUGUUUUGAUUUGAAUGCAGUAGUCACAGAUGAAAAAAAAGUUGUUAUUUAACAUAUUUCAAUUAGUAUUUACUCCACGAAAAGAAGCAUUCCUAUCUCUCAAACUUAAUUACUUAUAUAUUUAAGGAGCAAGCUUAAUAUUAUAAGGUUUGACGAAGCGUUUUCUGUAAAUUUCUGCAUUUAAAACCUCAUACUUCGAACUUGUUGUGGCAAAUCAAUGAAGCCAUGGAGCUAAACUGAACUAAUUUUCUAAAGGAAAUAAAUACAUAUAGACUAUAAAAUUGAAACACAAAAGUAACGAUAUUUAACACAAGAUAUAAGUUUGUAUUUAUCUUACUGAAUAGACAGAAGUGGAUCUAGAAACAUUCAGUUAUUUACUUGCGAAACAAUUGUGGGGAAGGGGACCAAUUCCAACAUUUGUCUACUAAGCGUGUCUUAAUUACUACAUUGAGUUUCCUCCUAAACAAAAGUGUGUAUAGUUAAGCUCAUAAAUAAUAAACUAUCCCUUUAAAUCUAGAAUGUGGUCCCUUAAAUAUAAGAUAAAAAGAAGUCUGUUUUAUACGAUUGGAUUUGAUUUGAUUUAUGAAUAUUAAUCAUGCUGUAUGGUAUUUAUGUGUAACUGACGUAUCAUCUUUUAUUCGAAACCAUGCAUUACUGUGAUGUUUUAAAAAUCUUCUUUAAAGCAACAACACCCGUACGGGCAAUUAUACCUUAUUUCAUUUUGAUGACCUAAAAUACAGCCAUGCUAAUAGUCUUUACAGCUUAUUGUCGAGUAAUGAUCGUUUUCAAUUCCUUGUUCUCCUUGUGAAAUACGAGACUUUGGACCAAUUGCAUAAGAUAUAGGAUUUAUUGAUUUAUGAAGUUUAGUGUGUCUUUUGUAAAGAUGCGAUCGCUUAAGCUUCUAUAUUUGUAAUUUAUAUUAAAACAGAAAAGACUUAAGAAUGGGGCAAGUUAAUCCUGCGCGGCGGUUCAUAGUGUAUACAAUAUCCAUCUUACAUAUGCUUCAUUUCAGAGCUAUGACCUAAACAGCUUAAAAUUGGAAAUUACUUAUCAAACAAAAUCGUUUGAAUGAUACUUGAUGUAACUUUCUCUUGCCAACGUUUAAUUAUAUAAAAUCUUAUUUGACAUCUGUAUUACUGUCACGUUAUACAAAUAACAGACUUUGAUGAGGAUGGUGGUAUAUUAUUACAUCAAUGUUUUACAUGAUUAUUGUUUUAUACACUGGCAGCUGUAUAUAUGCAUCAACGAUAUUUGUUUACUGUAGCACAAUUAUAUUUAAUUAGUUUUCUAAGGUUGCUGAUUAUAUGAGUAACAUGAUUUGCGAUGUUACUGUAUUGUUAAUUUCUAUUUUCAUUUUGGUAUUCUUAGAAAUCAUAAUCAGUGUAUUCAAUGACAGAUUGAACUGUAUCCAAGUUAAACAUGCCAACAACAUUGUACAAAAUUUGUGAAUGUAUAUCAUGUGGAAAAUGUUGAAAAUAUAUUUUUAUAAAGACUUUUUUCUGAACGAGAACUUAUUAAAGCUACCCAAUGGCAAACCAGGGAAUACAAAACAAAUUGAUAAUAGUUGAAGUUUCGAAAAUGUUAAGUUUGAUAAUAAAAAAAAAUUUAAAGGCAAGGAACAGCAACAAAAGCACCUUUCCUUCAUUAUAUAGGUUAUUAUUUUAAAGUUUUUCUUCAGAUUACUUAUCCCCUUUUUUUUCUGUUACGAGUAUUGCCAAUCGUCAUGUGUAUGCUAGUUCUUUAAAUCCUUUAGAUGUAUAUACAUUACGAUCAAGACAUCAGUAUACUUUGAUAUAAUUCAUCAGUCAGAAACAUGAAAUCCAACUGUUUUAUCUUUUGUUAUUAACAGUGCUUCACCUUUUGUUUUUAUACAAUACAGGGCAUUAGUAAUUAUAACUUAAACUAUUAUGAAAGAAAUACCGUUUUUUAUUUUGUAUCAUGGGUUUUUGAUUUAAAUCUGAUUCAUAAUGAAUCUUUACGAACAGUGGCAUUAAUCCCCAUGAAGCAGUCUUUUAAAAAUCAUGUUUAAGUAAUUUUAUUUUGAGAAGUAAUAUUUGUAUGUAUAGUAUUUUUUUGUAAGUAUUGUUUAACCUCUUAAUCAUUUUGUUAAUCGUUUUAAAUGUAAAAAAAUCUUUAUUGAGAAACUACCACAUGCUUAUAUGAUGCUUAUUUCGUUAUAGUUGUAUUCAACCGUACAACACAAUCAGUUAACUUUCCACUUAUUAUAAUUUUAUGUCAUGACACUUAUAUUUACAUAAAUGUUUAUUAGUCCCUUACCUGGGAAGUCGAAGGGGCCUAUAGGUUUGCACUCCGUCUAUCCGUCCGUCAGUCUGUUUUGAAAAGUAUCCGUUAUGUUUAAUUCUUUUGAUUAUAUAUUUGGUAUUAAGUCAUAACAUUGAAGUAACAGUUCUUUUCGGUUGACGAUUUUUGCGGAAGUUGUGGCCUUUUGACAUAAAUAAUUUCUUCAAAAUAUCGGUAAUUGACUAUGUAUUGUUUUACCUAAGCUCUAGGAAGAGGACUUCAAUAAUGUUGUUAUAACUUGUGUCCAAUCCCUUUUGCUACUUUUGCAAAUAAAAUAUGUUUAAACUAAAAACCCAAACUCUGUAUUUCUUAUUUCAAACUAGUAAUAUGUAACAAAAAAUUAAUAUCAUGUUUUAGGUGAAAAUACUUGCAUCAGUUCCUUCUUCAAUCGUUGUGAUUGUAUUUCAGAUAUUUUUACUUUUUCUGUAGAUAACAAAUGUAAUCGAACUAUUGAUGACGUUGAAGCUUACAUGUUUCUUCGAUUUCACACAGGUCGAAUAAAGAUUUUAAAUGUUUUUUUGUAUAUGAAUAAUUAACAUAAAAUGAAUUACGUUUUGGUAUAGAAAAUAAGAUAAAAACUAAAUAUAAAAAACAUGACAUAGACCUAAUUGGGAUAAAAGAUGCAUUAUAUACAAUGUGCAUUAGGGCACUACAGAUGAUACUAAGGAUACUAAGGAUUUUCUACCUCAAUAAUAAAUAACCUUAACUGUUCCUGGAUGAUCUUUAACUUCAUACUUUGUUUGGCCUUUUAACUGUUUUGAUUUGAGCGUCACUGAUGAGUUUUUUGUAGACAAAUCGCGCAUUUGGCAUACAAAAUCAUAAGCCUGAUAUCUUAAUUUGUUUUGGUUAUCAAAAUAAUUUAAACAAAAUGAAUUACGUUUUGGUAUAGAAAAUAAGAUCAAUCUAGAUAAAUAUAUAACAUUACAUAGACCUAAGAGAUAAAAGAUGCAUAUCAUACAAUGUGCAUUAGGGCAUUAAAGAGGAAAGAUUUCAUAUAUUUCUCAGGAAUAAUAUUUUUCCAUGAUUUUAACCGACAUUUGUUUGACAGUUGUUUUGAUUGUCAAUAAUUCCACAUUAAAUCCUUAUUUUUUUAUAUCAUGUUUAUAAUAUUUUUAUUAUGUAUUUUGGAUAAUGGUGAUAUCGACAAUCAAUAUGUAUUAACGUUUAAUGUCUUGAUAUUAUUUUCAGUAGUAAAAGUGAAUAAGAAAGC